AUGCUCUUCAUUCAGAUCUUCCUAGCUGCCGCUGUUACGGUGCCUGUCAUUGCGGCCAAAGUUCCAAAAUGCACUCCAUUUCCCUCAACAAUGAUCGAAUACUCAUCGGGCUUCAAGCAGCCAAAGCCACCUUUGGUGCAACCUGAGUUUACAACAAAUUUUGUCCAACAUAAGUGGGACGAGACGCUGUCUCACAUCAUGACUGGAUACAUUGACAACUCCCCUGCCAAGGGCAUCGUUCGUGUCAAUGAGGCAUAUGACGAUGCUCCAGCUUCAUCAGUUUUCAACUAUGCCAAUGUGACAAAAGAUGGUCUGGUGGAUAAUGUGAUGACUAUCUACAACGGAACGAAGCCAUACGUGUGGCAAGGUUAUGUCAAUUCCAAUUAUCCUAUCUUUGAGCAAGAUUUCCUCGUCAAGAACGAUGCUGUCUUUGGAGGACUUGUGACAAGGCAGUUUACAGAGGGUAGUGUAGCGUCUUGGAACAUUAUGUACCAAGGAGCUAUCCCGGUCACGAUCUACGUCAAUACGUGCAACGAGAUUGUUGGAUAUGAUUACUUCUCUCCUGGUAGGCGUACACGUGUUGUCACUGAUUUCUUCAAUAUCCAGAUCAGCUAA